AUGGGUAUGGUGAAUGCGGUCGAAAAGGAGAACUCAAGGGCCUCUCACAAUAUCCUGCAGUGGAGCCCGUUGCUACUGACUUACGCCACUGGGGACGACCAUUGUUUUAUCCAUACUUGCGGAGGCACUUUAAAAGGGAGGAAUGGGACGAUAGAAAGCCCCGGGUUUCCAUACGGAUAUCCAAAUGGAGCAAACUGUACCUGGGUGAUUGUUGCCGAAGAGGGGAACAGGAUUCAUAUAGUUUUUCAAUCUUUCGCUGUGGAGGAGGAAUAUGACUUUUUAUCUUUGUAUGACGGGCAACCACACCCGGCCAACUUCAGGACAAGGUUAACAGGAUUUACCAUCCCUCCACCUGUUACCAGUUCUGGCUCCAUUUUUUCACUGAGGCUUACCAGUGACUUUGCAGUAAGCGCUCAUGGAUUUAAGGUAGCUUAUGAAGCACUCCCUGGGCACUCAUGUGGAAACCCAGGGAUUCCACCCAAAGGCAUUCUGAAUGGUACUCGGUUCAACCUAGGGGACAAGAUCCGCUACCGGUGCGUCACUGGCUAUGUGCUGGACGGACAUUCACUCCUCACCUGUGUGACCAACGCAGCCGGUGUGUCAGUGUGGGACUUCCCUGUGCCAAUCUGCAGAGCGGAGGACACGUGCGGCGGCACCCUGAGGGGCUCCAGCGGGCUCAUAUCCAGCUUCGACAUCCCCAGCGGCCUUGGCAGCAGUGGGGAGUGUAAGUGGACCAUUCUGGCAGAUCCGGGGGACACCAUCUCCCUGGUUUUCACUGAAUUUCAGAUGGAGGAGAAGUCGGAUUAUCUGGAAGUUGAGGGAUCUGAACUGCCAACCAUCUGGUGA